UGGGCAGCGGCGCUCGCUUGUUUGCCCGCGGCGUGUGGAGCCGGCGUUUUGUAUGGCAUUUGCGAUCCAAGCCAGACCACGCUUCCUUUUUUGUUUUUAAAUCCCUUGCUUUUGGGUACAGUAUACCUCCCUCUGUGCCUCUCUUUGUCUUGUCUGGCAGCGGGGGGGCUGGGGGGGACGCCCGCGGCGCCGGAGGGCAUGGUGGCUUGGGCAGAAGCCUCUCUCCUUCGGAAGCACGCUGCCGCCUAACUCCCGGCUGAGCGGGCUCCCGUUCAGCAACUUUGCUGCCGUGCGGCGCGCUGAACUCCUUGGCAGGAUGGCAGACAAAAGAACAGCUGGUGCGAAGCCGUAGGGGGUUCGGAGCGGAGAGGAGGAAAGAGAAGCGUAAACCUUUCGCCCCCGGCACCAACGCUCAACCGUUGUCACAGCAGCAGCCGUGGUGGGACCGCCUGAAGGCACCAUGCGCAGGUCGAGCACCGACGAGUCGACGUACCACCGGAGCCCGUCGCUGGACAGCAAGGAUUACAGUUUCCCCAAUGGCGCCUUCCGUCGCUACAGCAGCAUGUACGGCGGCCAGUUUGGGGCUGCCAGCAACUCUUUUUUCGGAUUCCACACCAACCCAGGCCCUAAGGCUACCAAGGCUAAGUACACGUCCCCCAAGGGAAACAAGUACGUUGUCUUUUACCUGGAUCUCUCGUUUAUUUUUCUCCUAGAGCUGAAGAGGUGCAGCAUGGCUCACAACUGCCUGCAGUGUAUCAAGUACCUAAUGUUUGUCUUCAACCUUCUCUUCUGGUUGGGAGGCUGUGGAAUCCUUGGAGUAGGCAUCUGGCUGGCUGUUACCCAAGGCAACUUUGCUACCCUCUCCUCUUCUUUCCCAUCCCUGUCGGCUGCCAACCUACUGAUUGUCACGGGGACUUUUGUCAUGAUCAUCGGCUUCGUGGGCUGCAUAGGCGCCAUCAAAGAAAACAAGUGCCUCCUGCUGAGUUUUUUUAUCAUGCUGUUAAUUAUAUUUCUGUUGGAGCUCACCGUUGUGAUCCUCUUCUUCGUCUACACUGAUAAGAUUGACAAAUAUGCUCAGCGGGAUCUGAAGAAAGGGCUUCAUUUGUAUGGGACAGAUGGAAAUAUUGGUCUGACUAAUGCAUGGAGCAUCAUUCAAACAGAUUUCAGAUGCUGUGGAGUCUCCAACUAUACCGACUGGUUUGAAGUGUACAACACAACCCGGGUGCCAGACUCCUGCUGCUUAGAGUUCAGCGAGAACUGUGGGCUCCACUCCCCGGGGACCUGGUGGAAAGCGCCUUGCUAUGAAACAGUGAAAAUAUGGCUCCAGGAAAACUUACUAGCAGUGGGAAUCUUUGGAUUGUGCACAGCCCUGGUGCAGAUUCUUGGACUCACCUUUGCAAUGACCAUGUAUUGUCAGGUAGUCAAGGCAGACACCUACUGUGCAUAGAUAUCAUUCCCAAUCUCUCUGCUUCUCCUCCAAAGGACACAGGAGAAAUCUCCUUCAUGCUCAUUCAUCUGACCUUUAUUUUUUUUUCCCCCCUUUGUAAUAUAAACUGUGUAUAAUGCUAUCUUUCUGAAGAUUUUGUGAAUCACCCCACUUUACUGAAGGAGGAAGAAAAGAAAAACUGAGUAUUUGAACUGGCACAGGUAAGAAGCAGCCUUCUCUUUAAACAGAAGACAACCUCCAAACAGCAAUGGUUCCUUUUCAUUGGCCUAUGGCAAGACUAAGGAGGCUGCUUAUGAGAGGCUGAUCUGCAAACUGAUGUUAGGAAAAAAUUGCACUUGAGGAAACCUCUGUGAAAGCUGCCAGGUUGCCCUCCAGCAUAUCACAGUCUGGAAGAGAGGGUGUAGAAAAUGAGUAUUCUUCAGCAUUUGAAGAAGGUGCAGAGUAGCUAGCAUUGAAUGCACUUAUAAUAUUACUCCAGUUAACGCACAGGUAGAAUUGUCAAGAGCAAGCUGCCCUGCCGCCAAGCGUUUCAAGAUGAUUUUGUAGCCAGGAGAGGAUCAUCUUCAGAAACAUGUUAGUCUCACGUGCUGCAACAUCAGGCUUUUAAUCAGACAGAAUCUGUGCAGUGAGAUCUGGCUGUUAAGGGGAAGUAACAUUGCACAUUGUCUCACUUAUUAAUUGCCAGCGGCACUGCAGAUUGUUGGCUGUAUAUGUAGUAUAUAUUCAUAUACACCUAGUGUUCUGAAAGGAGGUGAAAUACCUAGCAUCUAACCUCAGAAAGAGGGAACCUUUCUAUCCCAUUUUACAUUCCAACUGAAAUAACUGAGUAUUAUUUCUUGUAGGAGGCACUAUCACUUAUACCUCUGGGAAACAAAUAAUUACCUUCAGCUGUAUCUUCAUUUCAGUAAACAACUUGCGAGUGGGCACUCUCUGUCAUUCUUCCCUUUUUUUUUUUUUUAAUCAUUCCUGUUUCAAGUUAGUCUGGAAAAUAUCACUCAUUUCCACACUUGAAGAUCCACACAAAUCUGUCAGCUGUUCCUUCCCUGAAUGUCACCAUUUCAUUAAUUUACUCUGGGAUAUCAUCACCUGCAGAUAUGAUAGAGUUUGGCUUGCUGAGGAUAAGUCUUUUGCACAUUGGUCAUCUUUUCUAGAGUUAUUAAGACUUCAGAUGUUUUUAUGCUUAGAAUUUUUUUAGCUGCUUGCUUAUGACAGCCAAGGCACGUCAGUCUUUGUUGGAAGUGGAGUCACUCUCAGUUCUGCCUUUCAUAGCCAUCUCCCUCCUUCUGGCUUCAAGGGCAGUUGGCUUGAAUAUCCCUCACAUUUUGUGGAAUUUGCAGAAAUCAAAGUCGUAACUUUCCUUUGCCAGAAAACAGCCCACGGUUGCCUGAUUUCUUCCACGUGCACUGGUAACAAGUAAUUUUAUGUAGUACCCUUCUGUAUGAACUCUGGCUAUGAGGUUAAGAAUCAGAUGCUUCUUAUCAGUCAAACAAGUUGCAAAGAAUUUCCCACCAGCAAGCAGCACCAGAUAAUGUGCAUAUGUCUAUGUGAUAAGGACUGGCAGAAGCAUCCUGGAGAAAGCAGACAGCAGGGAACAGGCUAACAGAGCAAUUCAUCUGGCCCACUGCCUGCAGCCAGCUUGCUUGAAACAGAUAGACCUCCCAGGUGCCCAUUGCAGCCAUUCCUACUGUGACAGACUAGAGGCAUGCAUCAAGUUCAGGCACACAUCACCCUGUACCCUUUAGUGCUUACAACAGCAGGUCUCAGCUACAAGUGAUGCUUUGCUUACCUUGAUUUAAAGGCACUUUCCAGCAGGAAAGCUGGACUCUUCCAGCUCAUAGCCUGUACAGCAAGAUCCCAAACACCAGUAAGUAAUCCUUUCCUGGACCUGCACCAUUGACAAUCCCUACUCUCACUGCUUAGCUUUUUUCUCCUCACUGAUUUCCUGCAGUCUUCUCACCCUCAGGCCCAAACUACUCCAUGUUUUGGGGAGACACGCUUAGGACAGUCUGUUCUGUGAAACAGCAAGUACCUUUCAAAAUCCUAUGCCUACCUUUAUGCAGCAACUGCUGUAGUGUCAGGCAUUUACUUGUGCCAGCUAAGUUGAAAGUAAUACAUUACUUCUGUGUAUUUUACAUGGCAUCCCAAUCACUCGCUAUCACAGCAACCUAACCACCACCAACGGAUUUUAUUGCCAUACCAACAAGCCACAAAUGUUAGCAGACCUCAACCCAAGACAGAGGUUUAACUGAGUGAGUAGCCCAAGAAUACACAAGACACCUCUGCCUUGAACAAGAGACUUAUUCUUGGGGUUGUAAUCACCAAGGUCUCAUGCUCCACUUCCUGAGCCGAGACAGACCAGUAAACAGUCCUGUUCUUAGAGAGCUGGAGAGGUGGUAUAAGUUUGUUCCUCCCUCCCUCCACUCUUUUCUCUUCUUACCUGCAUAGAAGCAAUUCCAAGUUAGACGUACCGUUAGUGUAAGUUCUUGCCAUGGUUUAUUAUAACAGUUGUACUCACAGGUGCUCCUGCUGACAGCUCUGAGUUUCCAGCACUGAAAAGCAGCAUAACAGAGUGAUGAACACAUUAAUAAAACAUUGAUUUUUUUAAGACAGAUAAAAGACAGACAAGUCUAUUGGUAGCAGUCCCUGCCAUUAAAAAUUAACACAGAGACAGCAGUCGUGAAGGCUCAGGUGCAAACCGUUGUGCAACAGAGCUCCCACAGAGGGCAACUCGCAUCAAUUUACCUGAUGCUGGUGCAGGGAGAUGAGAGACCACAACCCUCAUCCUGCAAGUCUCCUAAUAACGCAUGCUGAGCCCUUAGAUGGCUAGACUUCAGCAAAACCUACAGAAGAAAGAAAAUUGAUAAACAGUAGAAAGACUGAAGACAAGUCACCCUUUCUGGUUUCCUCUGAUCAUUUACCAUGGUUUAGGCAUCUUUACAAGAUAAACUGCCUUGGUUUCAAAAAGAAGAUAUAGGCAGUUUGAGCAAUACUCUAUUUGUAAAUCCCAGUCACCGCAACAGCAACAUUCAGCAGUAACAUUCAAACUGCCAUUGCAUAAACAGUAACAUCUCCAUUGGCAGUGUAAGAGUAGUGCAAAUUGCUGAUGGUCUGAACUGGACUAUUUCCUAUAUUUGAUGGUAUUAACUCUCUUCACAUAAGCCACCGAACAGAUGAUAUGGUGCUUAAAGCAUUAGCAACACAAUCCGAUUUCAAACCUCUGCUCAUACUGCAUACAACAAUACACAAACAAGGCUCAGAUUUAAAAGAGCUGCAGCCUCUCUAUUGACAAAGUCUGAAUAUUGUGAUGUGUGUCACAGUAGCGUUAUUUAAAAAGUUCCAUAGUAUGCAUAAACUUGAGUGCACUGAUUGAUUAUAAUUACCCUGCAGCAUAUAAUGCGCCCUUUUAAAAGGCUGCUUGUGUUGUAGGUAUGCAGAGCAACACAGAAGUCAUUCCAAUUGCUUCCAUUAGCUCUUUGUCACUUUUAUUAAGCCUUUUAUAUUAUUUUCCUGUCUUAUUUUUGAACAUGAAGGAGGACUCAAUACAUUUAAAAUUAAAGACAGAAUCAAAGGCAAAAAAGUCAGAGACUGAAGCAAAGCACUCCUCAUUUAUACUCAUUGUGCUUUGUGCUUAAUAACAAGGUAUGAAGGAAUAGGGUGUACAGCUGGACCUACUGAAUUCAGCAAGACCACGAUUUGGCUUUUAGAUUCAGUCUGAUAUACUUUUGGCUUUUCUGUCUUUUCAUCUUCUUCAC